AAAAGAUAGAAUUUAAAGAUUUCAUUCAUACAUGUUGUAACCAGUUAAGCCAUAUUUAAAUGUUUGAAAAAUUAGAAUUUUGCAAGAAAAAGAAAAGUCAAAGAUUCAAAAGAAGGAAAGGGAGAAGAAAGAAUCAUCGCAGAAAAGCUUCAAUUCGAGUAUCAAUUCUACACGGUUGCAGCCUGGAAGAGAUCCGCCAUCAAUGAGGAAGGGAGGCUUCAGCAACAACCUCAACCUCAAGCUCAAUCUUCCUAAAGAAGACCAAUCCAUAGCCACGUUCCUAACGCAGAGCGGCACGUUUAAGGAUGGUGAUCUGCUCGUAAACAGAGAUGGGGUUCGGAUUGUUUCUCAAAGCGAAGUUGAAGCACCACCUCCGAUUAAGCCUACAGAUGAUCAGUUGAGUUUAGCGGACAUAGACAUUAUUAAAGUCAUUGGAAAAGGAAAUGGUGGAACUGUGCAAUUAGUUCAGCACAAAUGGACUGCUCAGUUUUUUGCAUUGAAGGUAAUUCAGAUGAAAAUCGAAGAGUCUCACCGCAAGCAGAUCGCACAAGAACUGAAAAUCAAUCAAUCAGCGCAGUGCCCUUAUAUUGUGGUCUGUUACCAAUCUUUCUAUGAUAAUGGAUCUAUAUACAUCAUCCUAGAAUAUAUGGAUGGAGGAUCUUUAGCAGAUUUUUUGAAAAAGGUUAAAAAAAUUCAAGAACCAUAUCUUGCUGCCCUUUGUAAGCAGGUUCUUAAGGGGCUGUCGUACCUUCACCACGAAAGACACAUCAUCCAUAGGGACUUAAAGCCUUCUAAUUUAUUAAUAAACCAUAGAGGGGAAGUCAAGAUUACUGACUUUGGUGUCAGUGCGAUUAUGGCAAGCACAUCUGGAGAGGCUAAUACUUUUGUUGGCACAUAUAACUAUAUGUCUCCAGAGAGAAUUGUGGGAGAAAGAUAUGACAAUAAAAGUGACAUUUGGAGCUUGGGUCUGAUAUUACUCGAGUGUGCCACCGGAAAAUUCCCUUAUUCUCCACCAGAGCAAGAUGGAGGAUGGGUUAAUUUUUAUGAGCUUAUGGAAGCCAUUGUUGAAGGCGAACCUCCUUCUGCUCCGGCCGACCAAUUUACUCCCAACUUCUGUUCGUUCAUUUCUGCAUGUGUGCAAACGGACCCGAAGGAUAGACUGUCGGCACGUGAACUUUUGGAACAUCCUUUCAUCAAGAUGUAUGAAGAUACGGAUAUUGACCUGUCAUCUUACUUCAACGAUGCAGGAUCUCCACUUGCAACUUUCUAAAUUUUAUCUGUUGAUCGUCUCUGUCUCUUACACGGGAAUCUCGUUUGCUGCUUUUGAGCUGCUUGCAAAGAUCGACAAGGAAUCCGCCGUGAUCUCGGUUUCUCAUGAAUGCUGCUUGUUUUACUUCAGUUUGUGUCUUAAUGAAAGAGGUUUCAAUCAAAACUGGAUGAUAUAGUUGUCCUUUGCCAGUGACGAUAUAGAUGGUUCUGAUCCUUCUUGUGGAUGGUUCAGAAUGAUAACAGGAUAUUAUGUUGUGUAAAGAGAUUUCAAAUUGUGGCCCUUGCUUGUAACAUUUUGUAAUCCAAUUCUACCACUACCCAUGUAUAAUUUGAAGCAUCAAAGGGAAAUAAAUACAUAUUAUGACAGCAGAAACACUGCAUGAUUUUAUUCCACA